CAAUUUAGUCGUAACAAGGACACUAAUACGAAGCGGUUGAGCCUCUGGCAGGAUAGCCUCCCUCCACCCUCCAGGUUGAGGUUCCGAAAAGAAAACGAGAGAGCACAGGAAUUACGUAAGAGCUAAACAAGUGUCUCUCUGCGUGAAAUAAUAACAGACGUCAAAUCAAAUCAGAGGGCGAUCCGAAUAGCAGAGAUGGGGGAGAAUUCAGAGGCGACGUUGGAGGAGUCGGCGAAGAAUAUAGAGGAACAAGUAGGAAGAGUGGUCGAGCAGGCAAAGGAGCUGCAGGACUCGGCCGCAUCUUUCAUCUCCAAGACCUCCUCCGAUGAGCAAUCUCUCCGUCACCGCGCGCUGUCCCUUGACUCCUCCAUCCGCCGCCUCCGCUCCUUGCUCAACUCUCUCCUCUCCCAUAAUCUUCUUCAGCCCAAGUUAGCCGACAAGCUGCAAGAAGAAUUAGAGAGAGCGACAUGUGUUGUGGUUGAUGGAGAUGCUGCUUCGUUCCUUCCUGGCAAAGCUCAGGGCGGGUUUCUGAGGAAGUUUCUGGGUCCUAUCAAUGUGCGCGCCUCUCGCAAAGACGUCCAGCUGAAGGUUAAAGAGGAGUACAACAGUUACAGAGAUAAAACCGCCCUUCUGUUUCUCUUUUUCCCAGCAACUCUACUUAUUCUAAGAUCUUGGAUUUGGGACGGAUGCUUGCCAGCGUUUCCUGUUCAGCUGUACCAGGCUUGGCUUUUGUUCCUCUACACUGGUUUGGCAUUGCGAGAAAACAUUUUGAGGGUGAACGGAAGUGAUAUUCGUCCAUGGUGGAUAUACCAUCACUACCUUGCUAUGCUUAUGGCCCUCGUUAGUCUGACAUGGGAGAUUAAAGGACAACCAAAUUGUGCCCAAAAGCAGAGAGGGGUUCAACUUUUCCUACAAUGGGCAAUGAUGCAAGGAGUUGCAAUGCUUUUACAAAAUAGAUAUCAACGCCAGAGACUCUAUACUCGUAUUGCAUUGGGAAAGGCUAAGAGGAUGGAUGUUGUCUGGGGAGAAACAGCCGGCGUGGAUGGCCAACUAUGGCUAUUGUGUCCCAUACUUUUCAUUUUGCAGGGUUUUGAGGCAUACGUCGGACUACUGUUGCUCAAGACUGCAUUGGUUGGGGUUGUUUCUGAAUGGCAGGUGUUUUUUUGUGGGAUCGUUCUAGUUAUAAUGGCUGUUGGGAACUUUUCAAAUACAGUGGAGACACUCCUGGUCAAGUCAAGAUUUAAGGCAAAGAUGAAAAGAAGUAAGAGCAAGCAGGACCUGCAAUAGACCGUCCCUAAUUAUCAGAAUUAGUCUUCUGCCCAAAGCUUUUUACAGGAUCCCAUUUUUGGAGUGUUAUUCUGGGUCGAACGUGUUUUAUAGAAGCUAAGGCAGUACAAAUUGCUUCACAAAUCUUCAUUUUGGCUUUUGUACGUUCACCUUUAUAAUGUGUAGCCUUGAACUCUUGCUGAAGAGUCUGAGAAUGAAUGCAUUUGAAUUGCUGUGA